CCACGUGUAAGCAGAUGCCCCUAUUCGAGAGAUAAAUAAAAUAGCAGUGUAAAUCACAGAACCGUGAUUUAUCUACUGAAAUAAAUAAUUAUCUACAUAUAUUUAUCUCCGUAUAAGAAUAAACAAGUUUCUGCGAAGUAGUUCAUAUAUAUUUUGCUAACAAGAUGGCUCGGUUGUGUUGUACAGUUUUAGUUAUUUGCGUGAAUAGUUUCGUGGUCAGUCGAGUUUCGGGGACUGUGGCAGAAUCCUUUUUUCAUAAUGAUAUAGUUCCCGAUGUGUUGUCUGUGUCACCUACAGGAUAUAUGACUGUGGUGUACCCCGAUGGCGUAGAAGUGAAGGAAGGCAACGUGCUGAAUCCUAGCCAGGUGAAAGAUAUCCCCACUGUGUCAUGGGACAUCACGCUCGGCAGAAUGUACACUGUCGUCAUGAUUGACCCCGACGCGCCUUCCCGCUUGGAGCCAACAGACCGCGAGUACCUCCACUGGCUCAUGGUGAAUGUUCCCGGAGACAACUUGAAGUAUGCUGACACUAUAGCGGAGUAUGUCGGAGCAGGACCUCCACAGGACACUGGGUUACAUCGCUAUGUGUUCUUGGUUUACCAGCAGCCGUUUAGAGCUGUGUUCAAUGAGACUGUACUUAGUAAUAGAUCCUCAGCGAACCGUACAUCGUUCUCAGUGAGCGAUUUCGCCGAGAAGUACAAACUAGGCGACCCAGUAGCCGGCAACUUCUUCCAAGCAGAGUAUGAUGACUACGUGCCCAUUCUGCAGGAGCAAUUGAGAAGUGCUGCUCAGGUGUUGGGAUCAAAUAUGGCGUUAUUUGUUUGUAUUUUGAUGUGUUUGCUAAGACUCAUGUAAAAACUAGUUAGGCAUAAUUGAGUGCUGUUAAGACUUGAACGAUUGCUGUGCUGAACGUUGUUUUGAUUUUGCUAAUUAUGUAAUCCCUGAGAGGUUUUCGUUGUGUUAUAUAGAAAAGCAGAGGCGGCGUUAGGCGUGGGCGACGUGGGCCACCGCCUACGGCCUCGCGGUACAAGGGGCCUCGCGCCUCGAAAUUUUUUAAAGCGAGAAUUAUAUAAAAUAAAAGAUAUAAAUCAAUUUUGUUGUAAAACAUGUUUUCUUAGUCUGGCAACAUUUGCCGCCGACCAGAGUGCGGGGUAUCCCUGGUUUUAUUUGUUUACUUUCUUUACUAACAAUCUUUAAAACCACCAACCAAGUCAAUUCUUAGCCUGUAAAAAUAAUAAACAUGGGAUUGCUUGCGUUAUAUGGAAGUUUAACCUUGUAAAAUGUCAAAUAGACAAGCAAAUUUGCUGCAGACGUCAAAGAAAAAAAAAGCGCUCAUUCGCUCGCGGUUUCUUCUUUAUUUCUAAUUUAUUCUACGUUUACUUUUAGAGUUCUCAAUUUAACAAAAAGUUGGAGCACUGAAGAAACACAGCUGACUGUCGAUCCAGUCACGGUUUCUUUUAAUUUGUGUUUAAUUCCGCGUUAAAUUUGAGAAAUUCUCGAACAAACACUACUUUUAUGUCCCAAAACUCAAAAAUGUUCGUGCUCGCUUCGCUCGCGAUUUCUUUACUUUGCAAUUGUUCUCAUUGUCAGUGUCAACAUUUUUUAGUCUACCCUAGCAAAAAGGUAGCGUCGUUUUUAAGUCCUUUUAUUAAUAAGAAAGUAACUUAUAGUUUCCAUAUGAACUUUCUUAUUUACGGAACUACUUUAAGUCCCAAAAUUCUAAUACAUAGGCGUCAACAAAGAGUUACACGUGCGUUUGGGCUUCAUUUUAAGUAUUUUUUUUUUGAGUUCUAUAAUAUUACAACAAAUAAUAUUACACUAACCAGCAAUAACUUAUGUACGAUUGGGCUACAUUUUACGUAAUUUUUGCUUUGACUUGUUAACUAUAAAAAAAAUCCGCGCUCGCUUCGCUCGCACAAUCGGUAACUGCAUGUGUCUCUGUUUUUCCCAUGGGUUUGAAUUGCAGUUGGAGGGCGCCGUAGAAAUCUCGCCCAGAGCGCUGGUACAGUUAAAACCGGCACUAAAUAGAAACGUAUAAUUGUGUUAUUAUUGAAUAACACAAUUAUACGCUAGUCAAUACUAGCUUCUGCCAGCGACUGUAUUUUUAUGAAUAAAAACUUGGCAGUGUUGUUUUGUUUGUUUUUAUUAUUUUAAAGAAUCCGUCUUCAGGUCGCCAUAGAACAGGGCCUCGCGAAAUCUGUCUUGCCCACAUCAAAUUUAGGUCUUGCCCCGCCACUGUAGAAAAGCCAUACAAGUGUCUUAGGAAUUAAAUUGAAAAAGUAACGAUUUGUACUUAGAAUGAAAUCUUUAAAGUGUACAUUGAAGUGGAUAAAAAGUUCUUUUGAUUAUUAAUUAGGGACUCAGAUAAAUUCUCCAAAUUAUGGAUUCAGAAUUAACAGCAAUUUAAUGUAAAUAUGUAGGAUGUGUGAACGUGCAAAUGUUUACGUAGUUUUAAGUACAUAAUGUGAAUGUCAGACGAUAUGACGAUAUACCAUUUUUUAUAAUCAGCAUAAAGUAUGUCUUUAAUAAUCAGCGUUAAAUAAGUUCAUAAGCAUACUGUUUAUUAAUUUUACACAUAGUUCGUUUUAGAACAGUUAAAACAGAUCGCUUAUAAAUUAUAACGUUAAUUAGCAUUAAUUCUUGAUUUAGAAACCGGUCGGAUAUAUUUUGCUAUUUUAAAAACACAUAAUUUAAUGGUUUGUUUAAAAUAGGAACUAAUUCGACUUUAGAGAUGUGUUUUUCGACUAAUUAAUUGAAACACAAAUAUUUACGUAGGUACUUAUUUGUGUUUCGCGAAACUUUAGGUUUGAGAGAAAAACUGUGGCGCUUUUAAUGGCCACAUAAUGUGAUGAAAUACAUUUAUAUAAAUAAAAUUGAUAAAUUGA